AUGAAUCGGAUAAUCCUCGCUUGGAAGCGACAGCCUAUGCUCUGCUCAUACCGGGGACCUGGACUUGGAAGCACGAAUGUCCCCUUUGCAUGCUCGUGCCAAAUUCGCAAUGCCCACACCAGCGAACGAGGUCCUGCUUUCACCCAGAAAGACGAUGCCUUCAUCAUCCAACACAAGCACCAGAAAACGCCGGAGCGCGAGAUAGCUCGCCUUCUCGGCCGUCCAAGCGUCCUGGCUAUCAGGAAUCGCGUCAGAAAGCUGCGACAAGCCGGCGAGCUCUCACCAAAAGGGAGACCUGAUCCUGUCCUGUGGACUGCUGAAGAAGAUGCAACCCUGCUCGCCAUGAUAUUUGCUAGUGUGCCGUACACAGAGAUUGCAAGCCGGCUUGGCCGCACCAAAGUUGCCUGCCAGAAUCGCGAACGACACCUCGAGGUCAAAGCUUCUCCAUCCAAGGAUAGCCAUGACGUCGAUUUCUCCCAAGACGAAGGUGAGCAGCGCAAAGCUCAGCAUGCCCCCGACCAAGAUCCGCCCCACUCAAACGUGCCGACAAAUUCCAGCUGA